AUGAUAGUUGAACAGGACAUGGGCGAGAAGCACCACGCGACGGCGACAAGAAACGGCGAGGCACCCACCAACGAGCACCCAGCAGAGACGCACGGCCACACCAAGGAAGGAGCUCCGGUGGUGCAGCAGGCAGACACGGCUGUUGACGACGCAUCGGCGGCCCCGCGACCUCCUUCACCGUGUGCGCAAGGAACUGAAGCGGGUGCCGUGGACAACGGUGAAGCGUUGCCUGCGCCGCGGCAAACCUCUGAGAACCAACUGCCAAAGGUCCAGGGAGGAAUGGAGGAGGUGCCAGACAAAUCGGCCCACUCUGCGGAAGGUUUCUCGGAAUGUGGCUCAGACCCUCCCGAGGCGGCGGCGAUGGUGCCUUUGCCUACGCCGCAGCCUCCGGCGCAAGCGGUUGCGGUGACGACGCACAAAAAGACCUUUGCGGGGAGUGGGUGGUCGUCGUUGCUCUCCUCAAUGCGCGAGACCGUGGAGCGCACGCUACUGCAAGAAACCUCAAAGGCGACAGGGCUACCGGACGCGAGCAUCCGUGUUGUUAGCAUGAGCGUGGAGGCGGAUUCAACGCUUCUGACGGAGCUUGCACUGGUCCACGACGCCACCGCGUCGGCGGCGGAGUUGGAUCGCGCCCUGAGCCUCUGCGCCUUUGAGGGGAUGAAGGAGCUGCUGGAGACGGGAGCCUCCGAAGAGGCGCCCCGACCCACUGAACCCGGCGCCCUUCCGCAGGGCACGGCAACUAUCUCUCAUAGCAACGUCGCUGCUGUUGCCGCUGCCGCUGCCGAUGACGGGGACGGGGACGCUGCGGCGGCGGCGGAAGAGGCGGCGGCGGAGCCGGAGCCGGAGCCGGGGCAGCCAAGGAAGAGGGGCGUCGUGAAGGAAAAGGCUCCUGAAAACGCGCCGCGGCAGAAGACAGUGGUCGCCCCACAGCACUCCGGGAAGGCAGCAAAGAGGCAGAAGGAAACACCGCUGAGAGGUGACUCGCCCACCGGUCACCGCCGCGCAGGCGGCCCACGAACGGAGGUGAACAAGAACAGCGUUGCUCCGACGGGCAGGGCAGCCACGCCACGCAAGCGGAUAUUUACACCACGCACAGAACUGGCCACCCCGCGAGCGGCGUCCACGCCACGCACAGGGACGACAACGCCGCGCAUGCAGCGACCUGGUAUGCGGUUUCUUCAACUCACAAGCCAGUUUAUUGCCACACUGUCACCUACUGUCACACAUCUGCAAAGUCCUGUUCGGCCUUCAGGGGUGCACCGGGCGUCAGCCGCGCCUGAGCAGUACACGCCGCGGCGUCACCUCUCACGCCGCGAAUCCCCCCUUCAUGUACGCUCCGCAUCGCAUCCAAAAGCUUCCGGCAGGCAUCUUCGUGAAACAAAGCACGCUGCGCAACCGGGUGACGUCAGUGGAACAAAACGGUACACCAGUGGAAUCCGGCGCAGCGAGACGCGGCCGGUGCCACCACAGCGCAUUAUUCGUCUGGGGUUCCCGAGCUUUCCGCGUGCAUCGCACAUCAAUGUGGAGCCAGUUUCCUUGCUCCCUGCAAUGCAAGCCAGCGAGGGGGCUGACGCCCUCGUCGCCACCGACGAGGCACUGUGCGCCCCCCUCGCUGGUCCCCUGGUCGACAUUAACGACGUUGGGCAUGACACACACGUUGCAGAUGUCGCCCACUCUGCGCGGUCUGCAGAGGCGCGGUCAGAAAAAAAUCAUGCGUUGCUCGAGAAGACGCCUGGGGUCUCGCGUCGAUCGCGGUCGCCGGCGGUCCCCUCCGUGGACCUGGCGUCCUCCACCCACGGUCACUCCCAGGAGUAG